CCUCCGCGGGCUGCCCCUCAGCUUGGUCCUCCGGGAGGAAGAGGAGGUUUCCACGGGAAAAGACCCGGCCCUUCAAGGCUGAGGCGGCACUGUGCUUCUGGGAGGAGGAGGAGGCAGGGGCCGGAGCCGUGUGGCGGGGGCAGGACGCGCCCACGGACGCUGGAGGGGGCUCUACACCGCCGCGGUUCCCCUCCCCGCCUCCCCUUUAGGCGGGGGCCGGAGCGCUAGUGGGAGGAGAAGGAGCGGGAGGCGACGGCAGCCACAGCCACCCGGAGCUGCUGCGCCGCUUCCCCGCUCUUGCCUCGGCUGGACAUCUCCCGCUCCCGCCCUUUUGGCCGGGGCCGCCUUUUUCGCUUUUCUCGCGCGCCCCUCAAGCCAUGGCGACCUCGGUCCCGCCGCCCCCUCGGUGUCAACCUCGGUCCCCUCCUGCUGCUGCCGCCGUCGCACCCGCCCCCUCUUCCUCCUCCUCCUCCUCCUCCGUCUUCUCGAGGACCCUUUAAUGGCUCGGACCCUCCAGAGACCGCCACCCCGACUUGUUUGCGCCGCCACAACGAGCAAAGGAAAAGGAAGAAUAAAAUAGCCCGAGGAGCGCCGCGAACGAAGUAGAAGUUUGUCUCUUCAGAUAUGGGCGAAGUGGAGCAAAGAGCGACAACAGGAUCUCGGCUAGGAGUACAGGAGAAUGCUGGCAUCAGUACUCUGGAACAUGGACAGAAACUGCCUUCAACACCUACAGGAAAACUUAUUUCUAUCAAAGUCCAAAUGCUGGAUGAUACACAGGAAACAUUUGAAAUUCCGCAAAGAGCUCCAGGAAAGAUUUUAUUGGAUGCCGUCUGCAACCAUCUGAAUCUUGUUGAAGGUGAUUAUUUUGGCCUUGAGUUUCUGGAUCAUAAGAAGGUCAUGGUUUGGCUGGAUCUUUUGAAACCUAUCAUAAAACAAAUCAAAAGACCUAAGCAUAUCAUUCUAAAAUUUGUGGUAAAAUUCUUCCCACCUGAUCAUGCUCAGCUGCAAGAAGAAUUAACAAGGUUGGUGUACUUAUUUGCAUUGCAAGUUAAACAGGAUUUAGCACAAGGAAGACUAACCUGUAAUGACACUAGUGCUGCUCUCUUAAUAUCACACAUUGUACAGUCUGAAAUCGGGGAUUUUGAUGAAACCAUUGAUCAUGAACACUUAGCAAAAAACAAAUAUAUACCUCAACAAGAAGCUUUAGAAGACAAAAUAAUGGAAUUUCAUCAUAAUCAUAUUGGUCAGACCCCAGCAGAAUCCGAUUUCCAGCUGCUUGAAAUUGCCCGUCGUUUGGAAAUGUAUGGAAUCCGGUUGCAUCCAGCUAAGGACAGAGAAGGAACCAAGAUCAACCUAGGAGUGGCUCAUACAGGCAUUCUGGUGUUUCAGGGUUACACGAAGAUAAAUGCAUUCAACUGGUCUAAAGUUCGGAAGCUCAGCUUUAAGAGGAAGCGUUUUCUUAUUAAACUACGGCCAGAUGUAAAUAGUAACUUCCAAGACACACUGGAAUUUCUAAUGGCUAAUCGGGAUUUGUGCAAGGCUUUUUGGAAAAUUUGCGUAGAACACCAUGCCUUCUUCAGGCUGUUUGAGGAACCCAAACCCAAACCUAAACCUGUUCUUUUUACCAGAGGCUCAUCUUUUAGGUUCAGUGGCCGUACUCAGAAGCAAGUCCUUGAAUAUGUUAAAGAAGGAGGACAUAAAAAAGUGCAAUUUGAGAGAAAACACAGCAAGAUCCAUUCUGUUAGGAGCCUGACUCCAAAAUCUACAGAGCAACUUUCUGUGGUGCCAAAACAAAGUUGUAGUUUUACAUAUGGAGAUGGUGCUGAUUCCCUGGUUGGGCAAAGUUGCCAACAGGGAAAGGAAUUAAAUAUAUCAGUGGAAGAUGGUGGACCACACUCAACUCCUUCCCUGAAAAAAAGCCCUAAGGAAGGCCAGGGGAUAGAUGGUACUACAAUGGCAACAAUGGAGGAGGAAGAGGAGGUCGUAAAGGACAGGUCACAACUCAGCAGAUCUCAGAGGCAGCAGCCAAGCACAGCAGGCUCUCUUGCUGGCAGCCCUCACCUUUCAGAACUGUCAAUCAAUUCUCAAGGUGGAACAGCCAUAGCAAAUGCAACUUUGUCUCCUAAUUUGAGUCCUGAUAAUAGGCAAGCUUCUCCAUUGAUCAGUCCCUUGCUGAAUGAUCAAACUGGAGUCCGCGCUGAUGAAGAAGAGGAGGUCAGGAGAAAGAGGUUUCCAACUGACAAGGCAUAUUUCAUUGCUAAAGAAGUUGCCACUACAGAACGGACUUACCUGAAAGAUCUUGAAGUCAUCACAUCGUGGUUCCAGAGCACAGUAAAUAAAGAUGACUGCAUUCCAGAAGCAUUGAAGAGCCUCAUCUUUUCAAACUUUCAACCUUUGCACAAAUUUCACACCAACUUUCUAAAGGAGGUAGAACAGCGAAUUGCUGUGUGGGAAGGCCGUUCUAAUGCCCACUUGAAAGGAGAUUUCCAAAAAAUUGGAGAUGUUAUGCUGAAGAAUAUUCAGAGUAUGAAGCAACUAAUGGUUCAUUUGCGAAAGCACAGUGAAAUUCUGCUAGAACUGGAAAAUGGAAUCAAGAACUCUCGCAGGCUGGAGGCCUUAUGCAGAGAUUUUGAGAUGCAAAAAGUCUGCUACCUUCCCCUCAAUAUCUUCCUUCUCAGGCCACUGCAUAGGCUGAUGCACUAUAAGCAGAUAAUGGAAAGGCUCUGCAAACAUUAUCCACCCAAUCACGGGGACUUCAGGGACUCCAGAGCUGCUCUGGCAGAAAUUUCAGAGAUGGUGGCCCAGCUCCAUAGCAGUAUGCUAAAAAUGGAAAACUUUCAGAAACUGCAUGAACUGAAAAAGGACUUGAUAGCUAUGGACAAUCUGGUGACUCCAGGAAGGGAAUUUAUUAGGUUGGGUAGUCUCAGCAAACUGUCUGGAAAAGGCUUACAGCAGCGGAUGUUCUUCUUGUUCAAUGAUGUCUUGCUGUACACAAGUCGAGGCCUAACAGCAUCCAAUCAGUUCAAAGUUCAUGGGCAGCUUCCACUGUAUGGCAUGAUGAUAGAAGAGAGUGAAGAAGAAUGGGGGGUUCCUCACUGCUUUACACUUAGAAGUCAACAUCAAUCCAUUGUUGUUGCUGCGAGUAAUCGCAUUGAGAUGGACAAGUGGACUGAGGACAUACAGAUGGCCAUUGACUUGGCAGAGAACUGUAAUGAUCCUGCUUCUGAAUUCCAUGGAAAUAGCCCACCUGACACAAAAUCCCCCGAGGAGCCCACUGUAGACCAGGAAUCGGAAGACGAUCUCAAUGCAUCCCGCACCUCACUUGAACGUCAAGCUCCUCACCGUGGCAACACUACGGUGCACGUCUGUUGGCACAGAAAUACCAGUGUCUCCAUGGUCGACUUUAGUAUUGCGGUGGAGAACCAACUUUCUGGAAACCUCUUGCGAAAAUUCAAAAACAGCAAUGGGUGGCAGAAGCUUUGGGUGGUUUUCACCAACUUCUGCAUGUUUUUCUACAAAUCUCACCAGGACAAUCAUCCCUUAGCUAGCCUUCCUCUGCUUGGCUAUUCUCUGACCAUUCCUUCUGAAUCUGAGAACAUUAAUAAAGACUAUGUCUUUAAGCUACACUUCAAAUCCCAUGUGUACUAUUUUAGGGCGGAGAGUGAAUAUACAUUUGAAAGGUGGAUGGAGGUAAUCCGAAGUGCUACAGGCCCAGCCUCACGGGUCCGUGUAUUAAGUCAUGAAGAAUCCCAUGUUUAUUGAUGGCUGAAUUCCAAAUGGUUCAUUCCAGCAACUGCUGCUUUUUUAGAGGAUAUUUGAAUUUAUUUUCCCCUUUUAAGAUUUAGUAAAACACGAAUCUAUUAAAAAAUGUUUUGGAUCAGCUUUUGGAAUAAUGCCUCAGCAGGUUUGUUUACUAUUAUCAGCCACAUGAGGGUUUCAUGUCUUGUAUUUGUUCUUUGGUGUGGUUUUUUAGCUUGUGCCAGUAUUAAAAUAUUGUCCCUUGGAGUGCCAAAUGCCAAAAGAUAUUUCUUUGCCUCAAAAAAUUUGCACCUGAAAUAUGUAGACCAAUUUUGUAGCAACUUCAUUUUUUUUGUAUUUCCUUGAAAACAAGAUGCCUCUUCUUUAAUAUACAGACCCUCAAAAUGAGUUUUGGACUGGUUUUUGUUUUGGUUAUUUUUAUCUUCUAUUCACUUCACCCCCUCAACGUAAAUCUUCGAGAUAAAGUUCUUUUACUUUUUGAUGUUUCUACAAUUUGCUUGUGAGAAUUAAAACUGGCAGUCAAACAUGUAGUUUGUUCAAUUCAUCUCACUUCUGGAAGUUGGAAAUAUUUCCUUCCUAUACUGACAGAUAGGUUUGCCUGCUUUUUUCUGAUGAAAAUUCAUAUUGAGAUAGAAAAUCAUGCCUGAGAAAAGUUUACAUAUUUUACCCCAUGAAAUACUUGUAAGAAUGUCUUAGGAAGUUUAAGAUGGUAUAAUAAUUUGUGUAACAAAAUGUCAAUAUCUGUGUUCUACAAGGAUUAUGGCAUUAAUUUUUUGUCAGAAAAAUUGGUGUUUCAAUAAGAACAGGUGCAGGUGCAUCUCUUCAAAGGAAACAUCUGUUUCUGUAAUGUUUUGUCCCAAUAUAUUCUGUGCUCCUGCACCUUUAUAAGUGGUACUAUAAAUCAAUUCAUAUUUUGUCUGUACAAAUUUGGAAGCAAUUAGAUAGCCUUAAAUAUGUUCAUUUAAUCAAUGUCCAGCCCAUUUAAAGAGUCCAAAAACAGCCUUUCUCAACCAUUUUUCCCCCUGGAGGAAGCCUCUGAAGUAAUUUUCAGGGCUCAUUUCGUUGCAUAAAAAUUGUUUUAUCUAAAGCUCACGGUACAUUACUAUGAUUAGCAAGCUGGGUUGCAGCAUAUAAAAAUUCCCACCUUUCGGAGUGUUGGCAUUGCAUGAUACACACAAAGUUUAAAAAACAGUAUUUUUUUCAUAUAAUAAUGAAACCGCUCAAGUUGAGAAAGGCUGUUCUAAAGAUUUGACUGAGAAUAUACAUUUUCCAGCGGUUGGAAUAAAUUUAUUGUGUAUUAUUAGAUGUAAUAUGAAUCCCAGCACAUUUGUGUCACAUUUUAAGAGAAAGGGUUAUCAAUCAAUCUCUUGCUUUAAGAGCAGGUUUGCCAAAUAUAGAGGCUCUGUUGUAUAAACAUGUUUUAAGAUUUGCUUACUGAAAAGGGAAUAAAAUACCUCAACAGCUUUAAAAACUCUAUAGCUUGGAGGGUUUCUUUUGAGGAUGUUUGUUUUUUGCCUUUUACAAAACAAAUGUUAUUUUGAAUGCACAUAAUUUAUGUGUGCAACUUAUUUGGGCAACUUAACGCAAGUUCAUCAAAGUGAGUCCAUGAAAAGUUGUCCAGCCACACGCAUGAGCCUUCCUUUGGCCUGCACAUCCCAACAUGCAUUUUGCAAUCCAGGGUUGAUUCAAAAGGUUUUCUCUCCAAUAUCUCUUCCCUUCCUGCAACACCCCCCCCCCCCCCAAGGCUGUGGUUUGAUUUUUUUUUUUCCAGCUAAACCAUGAAAUUGAAGCUGAAUCCUGGAAGGCUGUAGACCCUUCUCGCUAUAAAAGAGCCACUCCUUUUUAAUUGUUGUUUUGUUUUUAAGUGGUGGGAAGAAGAUGAACCAAGUCAACUAGGCUGCUUCUGACCUCAUUAUGUCUGGUUGAAACCUCCCCAGCUUCUUCUGUUUCUUAGAGAAAUAAACAGCUACAAAUAGAUUGGGAGAAGAAAGAAGUAAAGCCAAAACAGCUGAAACUAUAUUUAGAGAAGGUUUUGCAUACAAUUUUGAGGGUUUCAUAUAAAAUCAUGCAAACUUAUGACCAUCUUCCUUAUUUACUAUCUUAGCUUGUGCCUUUUCUGUUAAACAAGGUUUGCAAUGGUCUGGUUAUAGGAGCUGGAUUUGCUACCUGGGAAGCCACAGUAGCUAAGGGUGGUACAGGUUUUCAGCAUUUGCCACUGUCUGUUGCUUAGGGUAUAAAUAGCAUGAGCACAAAUCAAUUAGUCACUGUUUUCUAUUACCUAUCAGAGACCUCUUGCAGGAACAUUGCUUUAUACAAAUUUAUUUUUGCUUUCAGCUCUUGCUGUUUAGAUUUCCAUUCAAGAUAUAAUAAUCACACCGCCUUUUUUAACAUUAAUGUUCCUAAAUAAAGCAGCAACAGCACUGAAAGUGCAUAUAAAGGUUUUCCCCAUUUUACUCCAAAGGUAUACCAUUCAGAUUACAAUAUGGAUGCCAGGGGUAUCAAACUGGCGGCUGGCGGGUCAGAUGUGUCAUGUGUAGGCCACACCCACCCCAGCUCCGAGAAUGGGAUUAUGCACUUCUAUGUUUGGUUUCAAAUAAUUAAAACUAAUUAACUGAAACAGUUUGUGCCAAUUGCAUUGACAUUUCCUUGAUCACACACACACACACAACUAAAGAAAGCAACUAAACAAGCCCUGACUGACACAAGCCAUCCUCAGCAGUUUGUCAAGAAAACAUGUGACAGUUUUGCUGAUUGACUGCAAAAUUGAUAACCACAUAUGUGGUGUGAGUCUAGACUUAGUCAUAUAUGCAUGGCACUUCCUAUAUCAAAACUGAUUCAAAAAGUAUAUACCUCCUUUGUAAUUCUGUUUUAGUCUAGCCAUGACUGGGGGAAACACUCAAAAUUCUUAGGCAAUAUUUCCAUCUGUAUACAACUUAACAAUUCUAUAAAAAUAUUUACAUCUGUUAUUCCAGAACACUGCAGCCAUAAUAGUGUUUGGACUUGCAAUAACACAAUAGCUUAUGAUCCUGUUUUUCCCUUUAAGUGUCGCUAACUUCUGAAGUGUACUUUCUUGUAAAGUAUGUGAUAUAAAUACGCUGCUCAAUGACAUAUCAAAAUGGUUGUAUUUCUUUAUUUCUGUGUCAUGAAACAUACAAGGUUUUGAGAAUAGGUUGAUAUCUGACAUAAGCAAAUAUACUGUAUACAGGUUAUAAACAGCAGAAUUACAGAAGUAAACAGAGCCUGAUCAAAGAAUAGGUCUUCAUUGCAUAUAUCACAUGAUGGCUAAAAAUGGGACCUGAAUGGAUAGAGAUUUAAAAAAGGCAUUCCCAGAUGCUUAUGAAAAAAUAAGCCAGAUAUUAGACUGCUAUGUUGCGCAUUUCCAAAAAGCAACUGUUGACCAGUUAGACCUUUGCCGUAAUUCAGCAAGGAAAUCAUAAUUUUAUGCUUCUCUUUAAAAAAAGCAUCCAACUCAUACUUAGAAUAUUUUAUCCAGCUACUGUGAAUUCCUCAAGUAUGUAGAUGUUUUGUAUAUUCAGACUCUACUAAAAGUUAUUAGAUGACAGAAAUAUACAAUUACUGUUCUCUUUCUAGUAUCCAUAAUUUUAAAUCUGAAGACAUUUAAAGUUGAUUUAUGGCUCUAACAAUUAAACAUCUCUAAUUAAGAACAUUUCUAGUUCACCAUAAUGUACAACAGUAACUAUGCUAACCUAAAAGAGCAAAAAUAAAGUCUUGUGACAUCUUAACCAAUUUAUUAUGGCAUAAAUUGGAUUAGAGAUCAGUGUUAUUGAUUUACUACAGUGUUUUAAAUUGAAAACUUUCCAGGAAAUAUUCUGGGAUACUUAGUGUAAUUUUUUGAAAUAUUACAAGUUAUUCUAGUGUACAGUGUUAUAUACCCUUUAUGUUGUGUAUAUAAUGGAAAGGAGGAUUUUAUAUGCUAAUUUAAGCACUUUCAACAUUCUAUGCAUCAUAUAUGCACAGAUGUUUGCUAGAAUAGCCUCCACCUUCCACCCCAAAACCCCUGUGUGAAAUGACUUGUUUGGACAUAAUGCAAGAGCCAUAGGUUACAUUGCUAAUUCAUUUUAUAAAUUUUGGAAAUGAAAACUAAAGAAACAUCCUUUGCACAUUGCUGGACUAAUCUACUUUGUCAGGUGCACAAGUGUUACUAAGAUUUUGUAUACGUCCAUAUACAUGGGUGCCAAAGGGGGGAGGGGGAUCAAUAGAUGGAAAAGUCACAAAAGUCUACAUGUAACUUUGCAAGAUCCAGUUGUUUGCUUUCUACAGGUAUUUCACAGCAUUCCAAACCCACAAUAAAUCAUUGCUGACUAGAAAAAUUUCAUUCGUGUCAUCAAAUGGACUCCUGCCCAUCAACAUUUAUAAUAGUGUAUCAGUAAGGCUUUAAAAUGACAAAAUAACUGCUUUGCCAUUUUGUGUUAUUUAUGACUUCAAUUCAGUAGCAGAUUGACAAGGAUACAAUGAAGUCUAUUUUUAUGUUUGUGCUUUGGCUCACUGCCAUGAGAGAGGAAGCCGAUUUUAGGACUUUGCAUCCCAACAUACCUGUUAUCCUUCAACUUCACAAUUAAAUCCUUCCAUCCAUUGAUACAUAUAUAAGCCAAUAUACAACACACCCCUGUUUGCACUAAUGGCUGCAAAAUUCCACUAUUAUUGAAAGCAACUUCAAUAGGUUCUAAACUAUUACAAAAAUAUCAAUACUGAAAAUUAUGUAACAUACAAAAUGCUUCGUAUAAGGGUCAAGAACCAAUCAAAAUACAGUGCAAUGAAUUCGGGGUGGGGGGAGGUGGAGGGUGGCACCUAAACGGUUGUGAGUAAACAGGAGCAACUUGUCACAAUUUCACAAGAAAAAUCAGUGAUCUCAGGAGUUCAUUUACAAGUGUGUGGCUACAAUGGAAAUAUAUAUUCUAAUUAAUAGUUAAAAAGUGGCCCAACAGACCCAGAUAUAAAACCUUUGCAGUUUGAAACACUUGGCUUACUUUCAGAUUGCUUAGGAAUUUCAUUAUGAAAAAUGGGAAAUUUGUCCACUCUACACCAGGAAAUUUUGGUGCCCUUUAGCAAAACGACAGAAAUAUUACCUUAUUUAAUAUGCAGGAAACUGCUAUCAACCGCCAAAGACUAAUCCUGAAUACAUACAACACUGCAAUGCUGGAUUUUUUUAGGACAGUUCUAAAACAAUAUUUAAAGGAUCAAUAAACAGUAUUGCAAAGUUAAACAGUCAGAGUAAAAAUGGACCAGAAACAACAAAAGGUGUUUUAGUUUAAAUUUGAUUACAAUAUAAAGCAAAGACAAUUUGCUUUCACCAAGUUGUUUCAUUUAUAUCAAACAAGAUGUCAUUUUGAAAUUCUAUGUGUAUUUAAGUAUAAGUAUAAUCUUUAUUGUCAUUGUACUUAAAUACAACGAAAUUGGUUAUUUAAAAUUUAUAUGGGAUUAAGUCAAUUAAACUGAUAUUAAAAUAACCUGCACUGGCUCAAAACAGCAAACUGGCAAUAUAAAUAUAGCAAGCUUUUAACUGAUUUAAAAUAAA